AUGAUUCAGGCAGUUCUUCAGCGCCUAGCGCGCUGGCUAGACCGGCCACUGUUCCCAUGGAAGCGCCUCGUCGUCGGCUUCUCGCUCGCUGAAUUCACUCUCGAAAACUGGCUCCUCUUCAGGCAAUACCGCGUCCUCCAGCGCACCUCGGUCCCCAAAGCUCUUAACAAGGAAAUUGACACGGAAACGUUCGACAAGUCUCAGGCAUACGGUCGCGCAAAGGCCAAGUUCAGCUUUGUCUCGCAAAUCUUCAACCAGAUCAAGUCUCUCGCCGUCCUCUACUUCAAUGUUUAUCCCAUCGUCUGGGGCAUCGCCGGUACCGUCGUAGCUCGCUACGCGCCUAUCCGGUUCUCCGGCGAGAUUACCCAGUCUCUGCUGUUCAUGUACAUGCUCGGAUGGAUCGACCUCAUCUAUGGCCUGCCGUUCUCAUACUACCACUCCUUCGUCCUUGAAGAGAAGUUUGGCUUCAACAAGAUGACCAUCAAGCUCUGGCUCACGGACAUGAUCAAGGGCCAGGGUCUGGCUAUCGCAUUCGGUAUUCCUAUUGGCAGCGCGUUCCUCUCCAUCAUCAACAAGACUGGACAGGGCUUCUUCUACUACCUCUGGAUGUUCAUGCUGGUUGUACAGAUCUCGGCUAUGACCAUCUACCCGAUCCUGAUUGUGCCCAUGUUCAACAAGCUCGAGCCGCUCAAGCCCGGAAAGUUGAAGGAGAGCGUUGAGGCGCUCGCUACCAAGCUUGAGUUCCCCCUGUCCGAGCUACAGGUCAUCGACGGUAGCAAGCGCAGCGCUCACAGCAACGCAUACUUCACGGGACUCCCUUGGAUCGGCAAGAAGAAGAUUGUCAUCUACGACACGCUUCUGGAGAAGAGCACCGAGAAGGAAGUGGAAGCGGUUUUGGCACACGAACUUGGACACUGGCAGAUGAACCACACUUCGCGACUCCUCUUCAUUAGCCAGGCGCAUCUAUUCUACAUUUUCGCCUUGUUCUCCGUCUUCAUCAAUAACCGUUCGCUGUAUGCCGACUUUGGGUUCCACCGCGAGCGCCCAAACAUUGUUGGCUUCAUCCUGUUCAACGAGAUCCUGUCGCCCCACCGACUCCCAUCAUCAAGCUCCUCUUGAACAUCUGGACGCGCAGCAUGGAGUAUGAAGCCUGAUGCCUUCGCAGUCAAGCUUGGAUACGCAAAGGAGCUCGGUGCUUCGCUCAUCAAGCUUCAGAUCCAGAACUUGUCGAGCAUGGAUGCCGACUGGUUCUACUCCAGCUUCCACCACUCGCAUCCGAUUCUGACGGAGCGCCUCAAGGCGAUGAACUGGACCGGCGACAAGAAGAUUUCCGAGGAGAAGGCAAAGGACGACGAGAAGCCUGUGAAGGCUGGGGACCGCGAGCUGUAAAGGUCUAGCGGAACGGAGGAUAUCAUCUACAAAGUCGAAUAUUGCAGACCGUGAAGGUCGGAUCUGCUUGAAUCUGAAAAGUCGCAAGAGACGAAUAUUCGGUCGUCGGAUCAAUAUUGCCUUUAGACAGCAGAUAGCCUAGAGAGCCGCACUCAUAUCCAAAGGCCAUCUUAAGC